AUGUAUAUUGAAGACCUUUAUCAAAAUGAUAAAAUAAAAAUAACGGUCUUUACUAUCAACCAGCACCUUCUACAACAUUACCUCAAUAUGAUCAGUGCCUUUGGUCCUCGACGCUCAUACAGCACAAGAUCAGUAGAGCAUGCUAUUGGCAAGUACUCUCACGCCAUCAAAAGCAAUUCAGCAAUUGGCGUGAAUGCCAGAAACAUAAUGGUCUGGCUGGCUCAUACACAGCAAUUGUUGACUGAUUCUGAAGGAGGCAAACAGAGAGGUGUUGUAUUAUACAAGGGCGAGCGUGCUGGUGCAGAUUCCAAUAUCGAGUUCUGGGGACCUUUAGGAUAUAAAACAAUUGUUGACAGUUUUGAAGACAUUUCUUGUCUUCCGAUUCUUAUUCGAGACUUUUAUAGAUCAAAGGGGGUGGAAUGCAGGACGAUUGAACCAGCUAUAAUAACUAGCUGCAAAGCUUUUAUUAAUAGCUGUGUGAUUGACUCCUCAUUUUCCCAAAAAACAUUAAGAGAGGCACAUCACAUUCAUCUUCAGAUGCAAGUCGAUCUGUUCACAAAUGUACGUUGCCAAUACACUCCUGUGGCAAAAGACUUCUUUGGAAAAGUAAUUCUUUUCUUCGAACAUGGGAAUUCUGUGUACAAUGUCAUUCUGGUGGUAGUAAAUGGUCAGCUCAAACUGAAGGUAGUCCACCUGGCAGACGUCAAGGAGUUGGUUGGUCUUGUGGUGUCAGAUGCAACGGGCAAUACAACAACAACAAAAACAAAAUAUAUAGUGUGGCCAGAACUUAACCGCAGCCCGAAAUUAAAUCUUGCUCUUCCCGCUAAAGUACUGGACCCACCUAUUGGGUUCACCACAACACUAGGUCAAGCCAAUAUAACCACUCCACAACCCUCUACUACUACCUCUACCACAACCAACACUAGGUCAUAUCUCGAUGUUGCCACAGCCACUCCUGCCCCCGGUCAAGUACCAGUUGUUCUUUUCUCUAACUUGCCAACAUCUACGGAUUGCGUCUGGCAUGAAAGUAUAUCUUGUCAUUCGGUAUUCUUCACCCCACCAACGGAUUCUACCCUUACCUCUGAAUUCUGGACUGCUCUCAGAGCAAGCGUUCCUACAGCAUGCACCUUGGGAAUACCAUUCGCUCAUCGUCAACUGCUCAUCCACGAAUUACACCUGACCAAUUCUACCAUCUGCACCAAACUCUGUUCCAAAGGCUUCCUGGUUGGAGGCCAAACGUACUUCCCCUCUAUGGGUAUUGCCCCAGGCACAAAAAUCUUGCAUAUUUCCCUCUCCCAGCUUCCAUACCUUCCUUCCCCUCUGCUUGAAGAGGCUAUCAAAACAGCCUUGGCUGCAUAUGGCACCAUCCACAAAGUAUCUGGAAACAGAUGGGUAUUCACUGUAAUUAUUGUAAAUUUAUGGGCCAUGCUAUUGAAAACUGUCCAGACCACCCCAAAGAUUCCUGACGCUGCUUCACUUGUGACCAGACUGGUCACUUGCAACAUGCCUGCCCUAGAGCACCCCCCACGGAUGCCAGCUCUUCCAAGAGACCCUGCAAGGUUUCCACAACACCUAAAUUCCCUGAUCACUCAUGCAAGACUACUUCCGGUGCAUUUCACAGACCUCCAGCCAAGAAAUCGAUCCCCCCUUGUGUCUGCCAACAGGUUUGCUGCACUUGGCAGACUAACUGACAACAGCCACACAGGCGCACUCUUCGACCCCACUCUGCCUCUUCCUCAGACACACAACACCCAGUAUGAUCCCGUCUUUCACCCCCUCCACAACGCUUUUCUUCCCUCCUUCUACACUUCCGGCUCCACUAAAGACGAAGAAGAAUUUCACCCCAGCGCUUUUGAUGGCGACAAUGACCAAGACUCCCAGAAUAUCCUAACUGAUGACGAGAUGGCAGACGGCAAUCAUUCUUAA